AUGCUUAAGAAAAUAGAGUAUGGCGGCAUUUUGAACUCAAAGCAGAUCGCAUCCGAUCCCUUCAAGUCCCCUCCUGCCGCCAUUAGGGAUGAACCUCAUUUUCAUCUUCGAUUUGCCGAGCUGCUUCAACCCCGCAUUAGGCGCGCACUGCGCGCCGGGUUCGAGGAGCUCGCACCCCAGCUUCAGCAACUAAGCCUUGUGCCGAUCACUUUUGACGGUGGAGGAUCGGCAGCGUACGUCGACCAUUUUCGACCAGACACUGCCUUCGUCACUCUCGGGGCCACCUACGCCGUCAGCACGAACCGGGCCCCAGGGGAUAUGAAGGUCUCGUGGAAAUGGCGUUCUGACUACCGCCAUUCGCAAAACCUCUUCUUUCAAGAACAAUACAAGCAGGUUCUUUCACAGGUGAAUUCUAUAUAG